CCUUCCCUUCCCUUCGACCUCGAGGAAUCAAAUUCCCAAACCCAACUACACAAAUUCCCAAUCCAUUUAUUUCUUUCCCUUUUUUUUUCUUCUCCGUUUCCGUUUCGAGUUCGGGUCGGGAUUCGAAACGAGGAGGCGGAAGGAAUGCUCGACCAAUCCACCAGGCCGCCGGAGACGGCCCCCGGCGGCGAUGGCGGCGGCGGCGACGGGAGGAGCGUGGAUCGGGUGUUGUUCAAGAACCUGGUCGAGAUGGUGCCGCUCGUGGAGUCGCUCAUGGACCGGAGGUCGAACCCGUCGUACUCGAGGCGCGCGUCGAUGGUGUACACGCCGGCGCCGGCCAAGAAGAACGCGGAUUUAAAAGGUGCAAAGUCACCGCAAAGUGUGUCGGUGAAAAAGAGGAGAGAUCCUGGAGAGACGGGCAAGAAGAGCACCACGGAUUCCAACGGUGAGAAUGGCACCGUUGCGCCGAUAAGUCUGUUGGGAGGAGAAAAUAAACCCAAGGACAAGGAUGAGAUUGUUUUGCUACGCGACCAGAUUGAAGAGCUGCAGAAGACACUUCUUGAGAAAGAGGAAGCACUGAAAUCCGCUGAGAGUUCGGUGAGUGAGAUGAAUGCAUUAUAUUCGACUGUUGAUGAGCUGAGACGCCAGGUCGCCGAGAAAGAAGCACUGAUCAAAUCUACCAAUUCUCAGUUGCACAAUGCAAAGAUUAUGCUUGCAGACAAGCAAGCAUCAUUAGAGAAAUUAGAAUGGGAGGUGAGGACAUCAAAUAAGAAAGUAGAAGAUCUUCAAGGGGAUGUCUCUAAUAUGGAAUUUGAGAUAGGUUCAUUGAUGGCAUUAUUUGAAAAAAUUUCGGAGAACGUUUCAGGUGAUCUCCAAGAUGGUAGCUUGCCAUCAUCUUAUGAAUUAGAGUCACUUCAAUCAGCGAGCGAAAUCGACAAGAUUGAGGUUGAGAAGAUAGAGCAAGAAAGGGUUACAUAUGCCGGAGCUCUUGCUGCAGCAAGAGAGAACCCAAACGAGGAGCAUCUGAAUUUAGCUGCAGAGGCACGGUUAAAACUGCAGGUCCUUGUGCUAUGAUGCGCCAAGUGCAUAUUCUAGUGUAUGUAUGAUAAUGUUGAAUUGCUGAUGUAAUUAUGUGUAUGUGUGCUUGAUCGAGUUUAUUCGUGUGAGACCGUACUGACGGUAAUCGAUCAAGCACUAGAAACUGGACACUUAUUUAAUUGGGGAUAAUGUUUAUUCAGUUCUGA